AGUCAGAGCAAAUAACACUCGCACACCAACAACAUCUCUCCCCCACAACCACGCACACAGGAAGUGGGCCGACUCGCAUGUCAAACCUGUUUCCGCGUGAAAACUCAUUCGCCCCAAACGCUUAAUGACUGGAUCCAAUGCCGGCAGUGAGUGCUGAUCAAAAGGUGGAGGAGCCCUCUCCUGAAGGCCUCAAGAGAAGCCACCUAAACCAUCAGGUUCUGGAGGAGUUUGCCCAAAAUAUGUCCGAGAACAUAAUGGAGUCAUUCAAAAGCCAAACGGAGACGCUGGACCGCCGGGCGUCCGGAUUUAAUCAGAGCCAGGAGACGUUGGCCGAGGAGUUGGCCGAGGCAGUGAUCCAGGUGGCUCUGCAGGAGGUCUUCAGUGCUCUCAACAUAGCGGAUCACGUGGAGGCUUCCCAGCCGUGGUCCCCCGUCCUGGGAUCCCUCGACUACCCCGACGCCCCCCCGACCACGCCCCUCCUGCCCGAGCUGGAGAGGAGCCGGUGCAGCUUCGCCAGGAAGCUCAAAGGGGGCCUGGCGAAGGUUUACCUGCCCUCACCUCCCCCACCGACCCCGAAGGACGGAGAGGACCCGGACCCGGCCCCCGGGGCCGCCGCCGCCGCCGCCGACUCCCGGGUCGAGUUCAUGGAGCAUCUGACGCGCUCACUGCCCGCGGAUGAUUUGACGAGGGACUGUUUGGAAGCGGGAUCUCCACGUGGAGCCGAGGUUGAGGCUUUCGCGGAGGCCCUCUCAUGCGACAUCAUCGGUUUGGUCUCGAGGGGUAAAAACAGAGAGCAGAUCGCCGACGAUGACGACCUCCACCUACUGGCCCAACAACUGUCCGAAACCAUCAUCACAUCGUCCCUCUGCGGCGCUAAAACACUCUUCUAGUAUCCGUGACUCACGGCCUCGUAUUUGUGAGGCCUGGCAAGAAAAAUAAUGGUAUCCACCAACACGCAAGAUCUUCUCAUUGAAACGCGGUUUACUGCAAUGAUGUUGUUACAGAGGCCAAUUUCCUUUUUACAUUCAACGUUUAGUUAAUGCUCCUCCAGAUGAAGAAGAGUUUAACACUUUUUAUUUGCAAGAACUGACCCGGGAUUCCACAACAACUGCAGUGGCUGUGGAUGUCCUGUAGGUGGUGUUACAGAUGCAGCAUUCUCAGCAUGAGGUGAACCCGAGUUCACCUUCGGGCACAAAAUAAAUGCUUAAAUGUUUAUCUGUGUAAAUCUUCCUCAACUUGUGUCGUUUGUCUGGAUUUUGCGUUUUUCAAAUGAUCCCAUAUAUUGUUCAACAGCAAGAAUAAAGAGCUCACACCUGAUAAACACAA